AAGAAUAGUCCCAGGCGGGCUUUAAAUGAAUCAUUCGUAAGAGUACGAGAUUAGUAAAUCAACAAAAGAAUGUCAAAAAUUUUUAAAAAAAAAAACUUUAAUUAAUUAAUUUUAAUGCAGCUUGAUUAAGAUUACGAAUCGAUUAAAUGGUAAUAAGAGGGUCCUUAAAACGUGGCGCCUCCUCAACUUUCGUCUUUCGACUCUCUCUUACAAAAUCUCUCACUUUUGAUUGCUUCUUUCUUUCUGUUCUCUCUGUGUGCCUCUCUCUCUCUUUCAUCUGUGUAGGAUUUUGUUAAAUCGCCUUCGAAUCGGACAGCACAUCGUUUCAUCUCCGCCACCGAGCUUAGCUUUCUUGUGGCUCCGGCGAUAUCACUGCUUAUCCAUUUCUUAUACACACACUAACUGAUUUUGAAGUUUGUUAUGAGAACAUUAUUAUAGUGCUCCUGGGUGUCUAUGAUGUCACUCAGAUCAUCUAUGAAAAGGAAUGCCUUCUUUGAUUCGGGGAAAUGCGGAUUCAAAAUGAGGCAGCUGCCAUGUAUGGGAGUAGUUUUGUGUAUAAUAACGUUUUUUGUUGUUUAUAGAACCACAAUGUAUCAAUUUCAGCAUACACAGAUGGAAGCAAAAGUGCACCCAUUCGGCACAUUAAAGGAUUCAGCUUUGGCUUCUGGAUUACUGGGUGGUUUACCUGUUGGUAUAAUACGAGCUAGUUCAGAUUUGGAGAUGAAGCCUCUGUGGUCAUCAAGUAGUUCAAGGUUGAAGGUGGAUACAUCUAUGCGCCGAAACUUACUGGCUAUUCCAGUUGGUAUUAACCAAAAGCAUAAUGUUGAUACUAUUGUCCAGAAGUUUCUUCCAGAGAAUUUUACAGUUAUUUUAUUCCAUUAUGAUGGCCAUCUGGACGGGUGGUGGGAUCUUGAAUGGAGCAAGGAGGCCAUACACAUAGUUGCUCAGAACCAAACAAAGUGGUGGUUUGCGAAACGCUUUCUGCAUCCAGCUGUUGUGUCUACCUAUGAUUACAUAUUUUUGUGGGAUGAAGACUUAGGGGUUAAACAUUUUGAUCCAGGAAGAUACUUGCGUAUUGUAAGAUCAGAAGGAUUGGAGAUAUCUCAACCGGCUUUAGAUCCAAAUUCAACCGACAUACAUCAUAGAAUCACUAUACGGUCUAGAACAAAAAGAUUUCAUAGAAGGGUCUAUGACAAAAGAGGCAGUACUAAAUGUUCGGAUGAUAGUGAGGGACCGCCAUGCACUGGGUUUGUGGAAGGUAUGGCUCCGGUAUUUUCAAGAGCAGCUUGGUAUUGUGCUUGGCAUCUUAUACAGAAUGAUCUGGUCCAUGGAUGGGGAAUGGAUAUGAAACUUGGAUACUGUGCACAAGGGGAUCGCACAAAGAAGGUAGGGGUCAUCGAUAGUGAGUACAUUGUUCAUCAGGGCAUACAAACUUUGGGUGGGGGUGGACCUCCUGGAAAAAAGACUUCAAACGGUGAAGAUACGACUAAGAGAUAUGGCACUUCAACCAUGGAUUCUCGAACGGAGAUUAGAAGACAAUCAACUUGGGAGCUUCAAAUCUUCAAGGAGCGCUGGAAUGAAGCUGUGAAGGAGGACGAGGACUGGGUUGAUCCCUUCAGAGGGAGCCGGAAACGGAAGAGAAGAAGACGGCACACCACUAAGUUCUGAACUCUUUUAACUUAACCAAGAUACUUGAAUAUAUUGGUUUGGUUAAGUUAGUUCAGCUUCAGCCGCACACAUAGUCAUAUCCAUACAUCAUACAUGUAAUCUAGUUUGUGUAGCCCUCAUUCAAUGCCUGUUAUUAUUUCAUUAUUUGGACCAUCAAUAGUUUUUUCCUUUCAAUUCAAAUUUUGAUUAGUGUA